CUGCCUCCUCCCCUUCCUAGUACUCUCACCUUAGCUGCGGUUUGGUUAUGGCCAUGUUCCUUCGGGUGGCAACCCAGAGGCUGUGUCCCUGGAGGGGCUACUGCUCCAGGGGGUCACAGGGUGGACUCAGUCAGGACUUUGUGGAAGCUCUGAAGGCAGUGGUAGGGAGCCCCCACGUGUCCACUGCUUCUGCCGUCAGAGAGCAUCACGGGCAUGACGAGUCGAUGCAUAGGUGCCAACCGCCCGAUGUUGUGGUGUGGCCUCAGAAUGUGGACCAAGUCAGCCGCCUGGCAACCCUGUGCUACAACCAAGGUGUUCCCAUCAUCCCGUUUGGCACCGGCACCGGUGUUGAGGGGGGAGUUUGUGCUAUACAGGGUGGAGUGUGCAUCAACCUGACCCAUAUGAACCAAAUCAUGGAGCUGAAUACAGAAGAUUUCUCUGUGGUGGUGGAGCCUGGUGUCACCCGAAAAGCUCUCAAUACCCACCUGCGGGACAGCGGCCUUUGGUUUCCUGUUGACCCAGGUGCAGAUGCUUCUCUGUGUGGCAUGGCAGCCACCGGGGCCUCAGGCACCAAUGCUGUGCGCUAUGGAACCAUGCGACACAAUGUGAUCAACCUGGAGGUGGUCCUGCCUGAUGGCAGGCUGCUUCAUACUGCAGGCCGGGGCCGCCAUUAUAGGAAGAGCUCGGCUGGCUACAAUCUCACAGGACUCUUUGUGGGCUCAGAGGGGACUCUGGGCAUCAUUACUUCUGCCACCCUGCGCCUGCAUCCUGCACCCGAGGCCACUGUGGCAGCCACCUGUGCAUUCCCCAGUGUUCAAGCUGCUGUGGACAGCACCGUUCAGAUCCUUCAGUCUGCAGUGCCUGUGGCUCGCAUUGAAUUCCUGGAUGACGUCAUGAUGGAUGCCUGCAACAGACACAGCAAACUGAACUGCCCUGUGGCACCCACCCUUUUCUUGGAGUUCCAUGGCUCCCAGCAGGCAUUAGCAGAACAGGUGCAACGCACAGAGGCAAUCACUCAGGAUAACGGGGGCUCUCACUUCUCCUGGGCCAAGGAGGCUGAAAAGCGCAGCGAGCUUUGGGCGGCACGGCACAAUGCUUGGUACGCAGUCUUGGCCCUGUCUCCUGGACGGAAGGCCUAUUCUACGGAUGUGUGUGUGCCCAUCUCCCGGUUGCCAGAGAUCCUGGUAGAGGCCAAGGAGGACCUUAAGGCCUCAAAACUCACAGGAGCCAUCGCUGGGCACGUGGGUGACGGCAAUUUUCACUGCAUCAUACUGGUCAACCCAGAUGAUGUGGAGGAGCAGAGCAGGGUCAAGGCCUUUGCAGAAAAUCUGGCCAGGCGCGCCCUGGCACUCCAUGGGACAUGCACGGGAGAGCAUGGCAUCGGGCUGGGCAAGAGACAGCUGCUGCAAGAGGAAGUGGGUACGGUGGGCAUGGCGACUAUGCGGCAGCUCAAAGACGCACUGGAUCCCAGAGGUCUCAUGAACCCAGGCAAAGUGCUGUGAGGAACUUGAAAACGCUGGCCUACAAUCCCCAGAAUGCAGAGCCCCUGUUCUCGACCUCCCCUUCAUGCCACUGGCUUUACAAGACAGAAUGACUGACGCUAUCUGUGCCUGCCAGGUGUCUGUGUAGCUGGCUCUCAAGGUGAAGGUCAAGAGGAUGGACUUACAAUACUUUCCUUGCCGUUCUUAGCCUUCUGCUCCAGUAGAAAACCCAGGUGUUUCCCAGCGGAGUUUCUUCCUGGCUGGCAGAGAUGGUGUGGGUCUCCUCCCACUGGUGUCCAGCAUCAUCACAGCUCAUCCUAUACAUAGGGCAGGACCACGCCUCUACAUAGGGAAGGAGCCUUCAUUCCACAGUUAGGCCUUCUCCUUGUCCGCCAAUGCCCAUGAAUGUGAACCCUAUUUGCAGCUGUA